AUGGCUUCAUCUUCAACUGCCGUCGUCCCCAAAAUGAAGCUGAAAGCCGCCGCCGUGCACGCGGCCCCGGUAUUCAUGGACAAGAAAGCCACCACAGCCAAAGUCGUGCGGAUCAUCGAAGAGGCGGGCAAGCAGGGCAUCAAGCUUCUCGGCUUCCCCGAGACGUUCAUACCCGGCUACCCGUAUUUCUGCGAGGCCUACCCGCCGAUACAGCAGGUGGGCGCGCUGGCCAAGUACGCCGACGAAAGCGUGGUCUGCGACGCGAGCGACGCGAGCAUGCGGAGCGUGCAGGCGGCGUGCCGCGCGGCAGGCGUGACCGUCAGCCUGGGCGUGUCGGAACGCAUGCCCGGAGGCGGCUACACGCUGUUCAACUCGCAGGUCGUCGUCGAUUCGGACGGCGCAAUCUUGGGCGUGCACCGCAAACUGCAGCCCACGUACGCCGAGCGCUUCGUCUGGGCUCAGGGCGGCGGCUGGAGUUUGCGGGUCGUCAGGCCCAAGCUGAAUGGUGGUGGCGGCGGCAGUGAUGAUGGUGAUGGUGGUGGUGGCGGCGCCGCCGCCUACAACCUCGGCGGCCUCUGCUGCUGGGAGAACACGCUCAACGGCGCGCGCCAGGCACUCAUCGACCAGAACCAGCACGUCCACGUGGGCGCGUGGCCCGCGCUGUCGACGAUGCGUGGCUUUGAGCCCGUGGCUGACGCGCAGAUCGAGGCGUUGAUGAAGACGCACGCGCUGACCGCUCAAGCCUUCGUGCUUACCGCUUCUAACUACGUCGACCAGCAGUGUCUGGACUGGAUGGAGGCAAAUCUGGGGCAACAAGACUUCGUGAAGGCCGGUGGAGGCUGGUCGGCCGUCAUCCAUCCCUUUUGCUCUUUCUUGGCCGGUCCGCACACCGGUUCUGAGGAGAAGCUUGUCACGGCUGAGUUAGACUUCAAGGAUCUGGGUCCUGUGAAGGUGUGGAUUGAUGGGAACGGCCACUACAAGCGUCCUGAAAUUCUUGAUUUCAAGUUCAACACGAAGCCGUUGUGGCCUGAUGAGGGCGUCGCCCCAAAGUUUCCGGAGCCCACGCAGAGAGAAGCUUCGAACGUACCAAAGAACGAGCAGGACCGAGCCAUGCCCGAAGGGUUCGAGGCAGCAUGGAGCAGGACUCGUGGAUUUGACCGGUGA